AUGCUCUAUUUUGCUGAAGGACCUUUGAGUGGACCACAGGAUUUAGACCUUAUAGUUGAGGAACCUGUUGUUUCCGAAAUUGUUGUUGAUGAACACAAGAACAUUUGGACGUCAGGCUGGACCGUCGCCAUCACCUGUAUGGGUGUGGCAUUGUUGGCUGGCCUGGCGGUGACUGCUUAUCAUAGAUACCGACGACGAGGACAUUACAUUCACGAACUCGAAGAAGAUCUGGAAAUGGAACGAACCGAGGUGUCCAGACUGAGAGAUCGUCUGGAAACUGAACAGGAAGGAAACUUGAAGACGAAGGAACGCCUGAACGAGAUGACCCAAGACGUCCAGUUGUUGGAACUCCAGCAAGGACGUCUAGACGCUGAGAAGAUGAUGCUAGUAGACGUUCUGGAAAAGAGUCAGCUUAAGGAAACUGAAAUGGAAUGUCUCUUGAACGGAGUUAAGGACCAGAUCGAGUUUCUACAAAAUCAAAUUGUAGAGAAAGAUCUUUUGAUUGAACAGAACGCGUUGGAAAGGAAAGAAAUGGAAACUCGUCUGGAAGAAGAGAAAGCGAGAGGCAGAGACAUCCAGAUUUUGGAAAAAGAGAGGAAUCUCUUCCAGGAGAGGAUGGAAAGCGCUCUGAAGGAGGGAAAAGAGCUCGCCUCGAGACUAAAAGAAGCUGAAACCACCAAUCGAGUUUUGGCUUCCGCGAAUGAAGGCUUCAAGAGGACGAAUGUCCAAAUGCGAGAAGCUCUGGAAGAGAAAGAGAAGGAGAUCGACAAUCUAGAAAAUUUGAAGGAAGCAUCUGUACAAGAAAUAGCUGAUCUGCAACAGAUGAAUGGCGAUCUCAAGAAGGAAAUUGAAAAGAAUAAGAAUGAACAGGAGAAGAACCGACUUUUGAACGACGAAGUUCAGCAAAUGAGAAAUUGGGUUGCUGAACUAGGCGGUCAGAAUGCUAAGAUGGAGGAGGAACUGGCCAUUAAAGAACAGGAAAUAAAUUCACUAAAGGAUUCUCUAGGAAAUGAAGAAGAAGAGAAUAGAAUUCUGACGGAAGAAGUUCAGCAGAUGAGAAAUUGGGUAGCUGAACUAGGCGGUCAGAAUGCUAUGCUGGAGCAGGAAUUGGCUGGUAAUGAACAGGAAAUCAAGUCACUGAAGAAUUCUUUAGAAAAUGAAGAGGGCGAAAACAGAAUUCUGAAAGAAGAAGUUCAGCAGAUGAGAAAUUGGGUAGCUGAACUAGGCGGUCAGAAUGCUAUGCUGGAGCAGGAAUUGGCUGGUAAUGAACAGGAAAUCAAGUCACUGAAGAAUUCUUUAGAAAAUGAAGAAGGCGAAAACAGAAUUCUGAAAGAAGAAGUUCAGCAGAUGAGAAAUUGGGUAGCUGAACUAGGUGGUCAAAACGCCAUGAUGGAGGAAGAACUGGCCUAUAAAGAAUUGAAAAUAAAUUCACUAAAGGAUUCUUUAGGAAAUGAAGAAGGAGAGAAAAGAAUUCUGAAAGAAGAGGUUCAGCUGAUGAGAAACUGGGUAGCUGAACUAGGCGGUCAGAAUGCUAUGCUUGAGGAGGAGUUAGCCAGUAACGACCAGGAUAUAAAGUCACUGAAGAAUUCUUUAGAGAAUGAAAAGGAGAGGAAUAGAAAUUUGAUUGAAGAAGUUCAGCAGGUGAGAAAUUGUGAAGCUGAACUAGGAGGCAAAAAGGCCCAGUUGGAGGAAGAGUUACUUGACAAAGAACAGGAAAUAAAGUCACUGAAGAAUUCUUUAGAAAACGGCGACGAGACCAACAGAAUUCUGAGAGCCGAAGCCCAACUGAUAAGAAACUGGGCAGCUGAAAUUGAAAGUGAAAAGGCUGAAAUAAAGAAAGAGUUAGUUGAGAGGGACCAGGAAAUAACUCUUUUGAAGAAUGGUUUAGAAAAUGAAGAAGAGAAAUACAGAAUUCUGAGUGAGGAACUCGAGCAGAUGAAGGCGCGGCUGGCUGAACUGGAAGGCACGAAUUUAGAUAUUAAAGGUGAAUUGACCGAAAGGGAUAAAGUUAUAAAAUCCAUGGAGAAUGCUCUAGAAAACGAAAAGGAGAGGAAUGAAGAGUUAAGGAAAAAGUUGCUGAAGCAAGUUGAAAGACUUGAUCAGAUCGUAGCAUUUGCGCAAACCAUGGACAAAUAA